AUGUUACAGGGAAAUCAGACCACAAUAACUGAGUUCAUCAUCGUUGGCUUCCCAGGACUUCACCCAGAAUAUAACGGCCUUGUGUCAACUGUUUUCUUUCUCAUCUAUGUGACCACUGUAACGGGAAACUCUUUUCUCGUCGUGUUGUUUGCGAUUGAGCGCAGCCUCCACAAACCAAUGUACAUCAUCAUGCUGAGCCUUGCCUUGUCUGACAUUGGUUUCUGCACGGUGGCACUGCCCAAGAUUAUAGCCAAGUACUGGUUCAAUGCGGACACAAUCCUUUUCAAUGUUUGCUUCAUGCAGAAUCUGCUGAUCCACUAUUUCGGUACGCUCGAUUCCUUCAUCAUGAUGAUUAUGGCUCUGGACCGCUACAUUGCCAUAUGUUAUCCUCUCAGGUACCCCAUGCUGAUAACCAAUAAGUUAAUGGUCAUUCUCAAUGCUUCUGCCUGGGUACUAUGCAUGGUUCCGCCUACCACCGCCACCAUGCUCACCUACAAGUUGCCCUUCUGUGGGCCAAACAAGAUAAUUCAGUGUUACUGUGAUACGAUCUCCAUACAAAAUUUGGCAUGUGCUAAUUAUGACAUGCAGCGUUUUGCGGCUGUCUCCAUAGCGCUGAUCGUGCUGCUCCUCCCUCUCUCCUUCAUCAUUUACUCCUAUGCUCACAUCAUCGUGUCUGUGCUCAGGGUCGCCAGUGCUCAGGGCCGCUGGAAAACCUUCUCCACUUGCAGCGCCCAGCUGUGCAUCAUCGCCCUGUUCUACGUCCCGCGCUGCUUUGUUUACCUGGCCACCACGCUCAAUUUUUACAUCAGCACGGACUUUCGCAUUGUUCUCACUCUGUUCUACAGCUUGUUCCCUCCGCUGGUGAACCCCUUUAUCUACUGCCUCAGGACCAGAGAAAUAAGGAAAACCCUGAGCAAAUGGUCUCAACAGAAGAAGAUUGUCAGUCACCAAACUGUCAUAGCACCUGUUUCCACCUGA